AUGACUCACCGACCGAGUCUCACUGAAUGUAAAAAUAGGUUUUGGGACCGAGGUGAAUUCUGUCGGGCCCGACUGCUGCAGCGCUUUGAUGAUGCUGGUGCGAUGUAUGCUGCUGGGACGCCAUCUCUUCAAGUUAUGUCCUCUCCAGCCAUGUUUUCGGGUCCAGACGGAUGUCCAACAGGUCUAUCAUCUCCAGGUCACAACUUCGCUUCGCUCGCUGGAGGGGAUAUAGCAGCUCUACAACAGUUGGGUUUGCGACACCAGCAACAAUUCUAUCCUCCUAUUGGAAUGAUUCAUCCGGUGACAUGUGGAGACACAACCACAGAUAGCGGAAGUCUCUAUACAACGCCACCUGCACUUUGUCCGAUCCUAGCUGGCACGAUUCCGCGUAACAACAGGCACAAUGAGAGUCGGUCAGGUUUCUCCGUGGCUUCAAGUGAGGAAGAAGACAAUGGUGGCGAAGUCUCCACGAACGAGGCUGAAGAUGAAGGAGAAAGAGAUGAUGAAGAUGGCGAGAAUAUGCGACGAAGACCUCCAGUGGCUAGAGCAGAAAGGUCCUCUGUCACAGCUUCUUCAGCCUCUGAAGGGGCUCAGAGAAAUUCUACUUCUACGGCAAAUGAAGGCGUAGUAGGAGGUGAGGAAUCUAUCUCGAUUGAAACCAACGAAAAUCUCGCCCUCCUUCGACCUAGUGUGACCUCAAAUGGGACGAACGGAAGGCGGAAACGUCCCACCAAACAUCGUCGACAGCGCAAUCAGAAUGGAGGCUCAUCUAGAACUGCUACUGAAGGUCUCCAGACUAGUAGUACUACUGCACCAUUCCCAAGAACCAUGCUUCACCCUUCUCAGGCUUUCGUAGCUCAACCAUUCUCUAGUGCUGAUAUGCUAGGUACUGAGUAUGCCAGCACAUCUUUAUUUGGCUCUUCAACUGCUUCAAACCACGGUGGUCUCUCAGGUACCAUGAAGAAAGGUUCCUCCUCUCUCCUUGAUCCCAGUGGAGGUCAGUACCCCUCGCCCUAUUUGCAAAACUGUGGUCAGAACUCUUCAGCUACUGUAGGUGUGAACGGAAAUACUUCCUAUCACCUCUACCAACCAAUCUUAGUUCCGCACCAACAGGCACACCUCUUCCAGAAUGCUGUCGCAGCAGCUGGUGGCUUUAUGGACACUCAUCAACUAGGUGGACUCGUCCAGACCUCUCCCUUCCUUUCACAAGGCGUGUUACAUUCCACUGUCCCUCAUACAGCCGCCUAUAAUCCAGAGGCGUCCAUAGCUGUGACCACAACCACGGCAAACGGUGUAGGUGGAGGAUGGCCAGUGCAGCAGGAUCCAGGUGCUCUCACAUCCUCAUCAGGGACCCCUUUACCCCCAGUACCGUCUCUUCCCCUACCCCCGAAUCCCCAUCUCACUAAUCACCACGGCCUUCAUUAUUCCUCAACAAAUGAUGGCACAAGUUCAGGUCGACUGUCCAUCUACUCGGUGUGUAUGAGCAUAGAAGAAGGUGAGCAAUCCGCUGAAGGUCUCUACACAAAUCUGAUUUGGGAUAGUCCUUACUUUCGUUCAUUUACUUUUAUCCACCCCUUAUCUCUUGGUAGAGUUGCGAAUAUGCGCCCAAGGAUUGAGAAUAACCGCGCGCUUUUACUUUUGAGUUGGAGCGAAGAAAUUUACAGUGAUGAUCUUGUCCUAACACCACAAAGUAAUUAUGACCCUCCCCCUGUGGGUGCAUUGGAAUUUCGAACUCAAAAAAUCCCUCGUUAUCAACCAAUCAGCGGUCAACAAGUUAUCAGAGCGGUGGCUCCGGCAGUUGCAAACCUUGUGAUUUCAUUCUAA